GCGGUCAACUGCUUUGGGACGUCGGCUAUCGACUCUUUCGCAGUCACUGAGCGCCCGGCGAAGCGCGCGGAGUUGCAGCGGCUUCUUGACUCGCUCGUAUAAAUACGUGUGUCCCUCUUGAGUCUUCUUGUUGUACUUCGUGUCGUUCCUAUCAUGACAGCGAUAUUGGCGCACGGCGCGAUGCCGCUGUGCGAGCUUGGCCUUGCUGGAUUAGUGGUCUGCUUGCUUGUGCGGCUAGUUCGUCGCAAGCAGUCUCUGCCUCUGCCUCCUGGACCUCCCGGUAUACCUUUCGUGGGCAACAUUCUCCUGAUGAGCCCCAACAAGGGCUGGGAGGACUUCCAGCACUGGUCAAAGACCUACAACAGCGACCUCAUCUCCCUCACCGGCCUCGGGCAACAAAUCAUCGUCGCCAACACCUACGCCUCCUCCAAGGCCCUCCUCGACCGCCUCAACCUCUCCGACCGCCCUCACAGCGUGUCCAUGGGCGAGCUCGCGGGCUGGAAUCGCGCAACCGUGCUGCACUACUACGACGACGUGUGGAAGUUGCAGCGGCGCUACCUACACCAGGUGCUCGGCACACGCGCGGGGCUCCGUAAAUACGACGACCUGCGCGAGGGCGCGGCCGCGCGCUUCGUGAAGGGACUCAUCGAUAGCCCGGGAUCGCUGGAGGAGCAGUGUCAUAUCUACACCACCGACCUCAUGCUCCGAAUCGCAUUCGGGUACAAGACCAUAGGCCACGAUCCGAUGAUUCAAAUGGCCGAGCGCGCCCUGGAGUCGUCCUCCGAGUUCACCACGCCCGGAACCUGGCUCGUUGACGUGCUGCCCAUCCUUCGACACCUCCCGGCGUGGAACCCCCUAUCCAAGCUUCACAGCGCGGUGGAGACCGAGAAGCGCAACAUCCACACGCUGUUCGACGUGCCGUUCGAUUGGGUGAAGCGGGAGAUUGCUAGCGGGAAACCGCCACAAUCCUUCACGGGAGAGUUGCUGUCGCAGCCUGAUAUGACGCCCGAGGGCGAGUUGGAAGUAAAGUGGACCGCCGGCACGUUCCUCGCCGCCGGGUCGCAUACGACCACAUGGACCAUGUUCGCCUUCUUCAAGCUCAUGGCCGCGCACCCGGACAUUCAGAGGCGCGCUCAGGCGGAGAUCGACAGCGUCGUGGGCGCGGAGCGGCUACCAGAAAUCAGCGACAUGGACGCGCUACCGUAUACCUACGCAUGCUGCCUGGAGACGAUGCGGUACCAUGUGGUGGCGCCGUUUGGCCUCCCGCAUCGCGCUAUGACGGACGACGCGUAUGGAGGAUAUCAUAUUCCAGCGGGUGCGACGGUGUUUCCGAAUUUAUGGGCCAUCUCACGAGACGAGAGCGAAUAUCCGAAUCCCCACGUAUUCAAUCCGGAGCGCUUCCUUUGUAAGAAGAGACAACGGAGCCCGCAUGACUGGGCUUUUGGGUUCGGUCGCCGUAUUUGCCCUGGUCGCAUGCUAGCAGAUGAAUCCAUAUUCAUUGCAUGCGCUACUGCUCUCGCGACGCUCGAUUUCUCGCCGAAGGUGAGGGAUGGACGGCCUGUGCCAAUCGACUUAUCCCAGAUGGCUGGGCUGGUUAGUUUGCCUACUUCAUUUGAGUACGAUGCGAAGCCGCGCAGCGAGCGAGCGCGGGCUUUGAUCAUGAACGCAGUCAUGGCGCAUUAGAUCAGGUGCCUGUGGCCGAUGGUAAUGGGAAGCCGGCGGACAUCUAGUCGCGCGGCUUUGUAUACAUAUAGUGUAAUCAUCAACAUCAUGUACAAGAAGGAGGGAUGCCAUGUGGAAUUUAUGGACUUCAAGUUGAUCGCGGAUUCGCGGCACAAAACACA